GGCGUGCCGAGGGCCUGGUCAGCUGACCCGCUGCAGCCCCAGUCUAGCCGCGGGCGCCCGAGUCCCGGCGGCCAAGGACCGGGCGAUGGCGGGUCGGCCCGGCGCAGCGCUCCCGGGCAGACCCGGGGGCCCGCGGAUGCCGAGGCGCUGGGGCGGCUGGCGGGUUCGGGCACUCGCCGCGACCUUCCUGCUGCUGUGGCCGCUGGCCGGGUUGGGGGCUGGGAUAAAGAACGACUUCAGUCUGGUUCAGCCGCUGGUCACCAUGGAGCAGCUGCUGUGGGUGAGCGGCAGGCAGAUCGGUAACGUGCACACCUUCCGAAUCCCGCUCAUUACGGCCACUCCUCGGGGUACUCUCCUUGCCUUCGCUGAGGCGAGGAAAAUGUCCACGUCGGAUGAAGGGGCCAAGUUCAUCGCUCUCCGGAGAUCCACUGACGAGGGCAGCACGUGGUCUCCAACAGCCUUCAUCGUAAAUGAUGGGGAGACCCCAGAUGGGCUGAACCUUGGGGCAGUGGUGAGCGAUAUGGAGACAGGAGUGGUAUUCCUUUUCUAUUCCCUCUGUGCUCACAAGGCUGGCUGCCAGGUGGCCUCCACCAUGUUGGUGUGGAGCAAAGAUGAUGGUGUUUCCUGGAGCCCACCUCGGAAUCUCUCCUUGGAUAUCGGCACUGAGAUGUUUGCCCCUGGACCAGGCUCUGGCAUUCAGAAGCGGCGCGAUCCGCGGAAGGGCCGCCUCAUCGUGUGUGGCCAUGGGACGCUGGAGCGGGAUGGGGUCUUCUGCCUCCUCAGUGAUGACCAUGGCGCCUCCUGGCGGUAUGGUAGCGGCGUCAGCGGCAUCCCGUAUGGCCAGCCCAAGCGGGAGAACGAUUUCAACCCUGACGAGUGCCAGCCCUAUGAGCUCCCAGAUGGCUCAGUCAUCAUCAACGCCCGCAACCAGAACAACUACCACUGCCACUGCCGAAUAGUCCUCCGCAGCUACGAUGCCUGUGACACGAUCCGGCUGCGAGAUGUGACCUUUGACCCUGAGCUGGUAGAUCCUGUGGUGGCUGCUGGGGCUGUAGCCACCAGCUCUGGCCUUGUCUUCUUCUCCAAUCCAGCCCACCCAGAAUUCCGAGUGAACCUGACCCUGCGCUGGAGCUUCAGUAAUGGUACCUCGUGGCGGAAGGAGACAGUCCAGCUGUGGCCAGGCCCCAGUGGCUACUCCUCACUGGCUGCCCUGGAGGGCAGUGUGGGCGGGAAGGACCAGGCCCCCCAGCUCUACGUCCUGUAUGAGAAAGGCCGGAACCAGUACACAGAGAGCAUUUCCCUGGCCAAAGUCAGUGUCUAUGGCACACUCUGAGCUGUACGCCUGCCACAGAAUUGGGAGGCCUCGGACAUUGUCCUCAGGACCCUGGGCCCAUGGAGGAUCUGCUAGAGAUCCCUAAAAGACAGUUCCAUCUUCCUUGAGACUCUAGCCUCUUGCACAGCCAGUUUCUCUUUCACUCUGUUAGGACUGCAACUCUGGCUUCCUGCACACAGGAAGUCCUGCCCUCACUCUAGAGUACUUCCCUGCACAUCCUUGCUGGCUCUGGCCCCCUACCCCUUCUGCCUUCCUGGGGUGAUGAUUGUUCCUUUGUUUAGGCAGGGCUAGGCAGGCCUGUAGAAUUGAAUAAAUGUGAACUCAGGGAGUUGGGGAAGGCUGAGCUUCCUCUCCAGGGUAGCUAUGGAGCGGGUUGGUGAAAGUCCUGGAAGGGCAAUAUUUGGAUUCAGGGUAAAGAACUAGGUGCACCACCCACCUUGACUAUUUAUAAAUCGAAAUAUUUGUAACUUAAACAUUUUUAAUGAAGGAGGAGGAGCAUUUGUACAGUC